AGAGAGAGAGAGAGAGAGAGAGAGAGAGAGAGAGAACACACGCGCAAGUUGCCCUCCAUGCCUUCAGUCUAACGGCGCGGGCGAUGGAUGUGAGAUUUUACCCGGCACCUCCUUCAAGCGUGGGCUCCUGUACAUUACCCACCGACACCAGCCUCUCAUCUCUGGACUAUUACCACUGCAACAAGAGCAGAUACAGUGUGGGCGAACGAGGCGUUAGACUGUACGGAGCUUUACCGGUGAGGACUGACACUGAGGGUAAAAGACUGCCCUCUGCAGGGUUUGAUGGUGACAACAUGUACAUGAGCGAGAACAACCAAGAGUUCCUCUCCCCGAGUCAGCAGAAUUACUCAGGGCAGGGAGGGGGCAAUGGCAACAGUGGAGGAGGAGGUGAUGAAGAUUAUGAGAUCCCCCCCAUAACUCCCCCCAAUCACCCUGAGCCCCAUCUCCUCCACCUCAUGGACCCAGAGUCCAGUUACCUGUGUCACUCCAUUCCUCACAACGGCCUGAUAAACCCGUACUCGUACCCAGAGCUGCCCGCACUUAUGAUGUCAAACAUGCUCACACAGGACGGGCACCUGCUCUCCAGCCAAAUGCCCUCGAUGCCGCCGUUUGGGGGGGGGGCUGGCAGGCAUUACAUCCGCGCCCACCACAGCCCCAUGAUAAACCGAUCCGCCAGGAUACUGCCCCACCCCAUGAGCGCCCUGUCCCAACUCAGCUGUCAGAUUGGCCAAGGCUCCUUUACCCACGGUUCCCCUUCAUCGCCAGGAAGUCAGUCAGCCACGCCCUCCCCCUCAAGCUCCACCCAGGAAGAGGAAGCAAAGUACCACUUAAAGAUCACAGGAGAGAAGCGGCCGUCCUCUGACAUGAUGAAGCCCAAACCCAAACCUCAGAAGAAGAAGAAGAAGAAGGACCCAAACGAGCCACAGAAGCCCGUCUCAGCAUACGCGCUGUUCUUCAGGGACACUCAAGCCGCUAUCAAGGGCCAAAACCCCAACGCGACCUUCGGGGACGUCUCAAAGAUUGUUGCUUCGAUGUGGGACAGUCUGGGAGAGGAACAGAAACAAGCGUACAAACGGAAAACAGAAGCGGCGAAGAAGGAGUACCUGAAGGCCCUUGCUGCGUACCGAGCCAGCCUGGUUUCCAAGACCUACAAUGACCCAGUGGAGAGCAAAAGCGUUCAGUCCAACCAGCCCCCACCGCACAUGAUGCCCCCCAACCCUUCCCUGUACAGCGUCCCGCCCCAGCCCUCCUCCCCGUACCUGGGCCCGAGCCCCUUCCCCCUGACAGACCUGCAGAGCUACGCAGCAGGCGCUCCCAGACAUGGGCUGCCCCGGUCGGCCAUGCUGCCCGCGCUCAGUGCCUCCCCCCCAGCAUCAUUCCAGAUAAGCCCCCCUCUGCACCAGCAGCUCUCGCUGCACCAGGGAUCACUCCUCAACCAGCCAAUCCGCAUGCAGCAGGUGCAGUCACAGCCAAUCAUCUCUCACCAGAUGGGCCUGCAGGCUCCGCUGCACUCCCCACCCCCAGGACAGCAGGGAUUUUCUCACUUACAGUCCGAGUAUCAGAAGAGUGUUGGGGGCUCUCAAUCUCCAGGGGCUCCAAACCCAGUGGGCCAGAACCCCGACUGGGACAGUGAGUACUGCAACCGGGAAUGCGGCGGAAACCACUGCAGUGGCAGUAUGAUAGGCAGGGAUAAGCCACUCUACCUCACUUGAAGCAAAACAAGGAGACAGAAAAGAGAAAAAAACGAAACAACACCAGGGAGCCCCGUGCACCUCUCCAGCCCCAUCCCCCGACACCGUCAGUUUUUCCCUCAGUGUCAUUUUUUCAUUGUUUUUAGAAGGAUGUGUGUGUGUGUGUGUGUGUGUGUGUGUGUGUGUGUGUGUGUGUGUGUGUGUGUGUGUGUGUGUGUACGCGUUCUGAAGACUACUAGUGAUCCUUUCAUUUUUGCCAAGCACUUAAAAAUGUACAGGCCUCUCCGCCGGAGACCUCCGAGAGCACUCACCCCAUCUCUGAAUAAACGUAAGCGAAAAAGACAAAAAAAGAUGUAUAUAACACAAACGAACGAAAAAAAUAAUAAAAACAACGACAAGCAAACUACCACGAAACUGGCCCUCAGGGCGAAUGAGCUUUAAAUAUAACAGAGGAAAAUUCUCCUCGUAGUUUCUCAGUUACUUCUCCUAUUUUUUGGUUGUAUUUCCUGUAUUUAUUUUCUGCUUGCAAAAUAGAGCUUUUUUUUGGGCCUAUAAAAGGCCCUUUACGUUACUAGGGCGAUACGUUACUGUUCAACUGAUGCUCUGUGGAUUUUGGUAGUAAUAGACAAGAGAAAAGGCAAAUAGGCAAAUUAAAAAAUUUAAAAAUACGACUUCUUUUGUAACUUUAAAGACCCGUGUUGGUCUUUACCAAUCUGUCACAGUGUGAUUGUAAAUAUCACUUUUUGGGGGGGGGGGGGUCAAAUUGGGAAGUCCAGAUAUUUUUUCCUUCUUUAAUAUGACUUAUAAUUCAUUGAUUUGUAUUUUAAAUGGUAUUUUGUGAAUGCGUACGAGGGUAUGAGUGUAUACGUGUGUUGUGUAAGUGAGCCACCUGUGCAGGUGAUAUCCCAAGAGUGUUUCACACGUACACGAUCUUGCAUUCAAAUCUGUGCUCACUUGUGCGAUUUCCCCCCAAAAAAGAUCUAUGGCAAAAGCCACGACAAACCGCAUGACCUGGCUCUCCGUUUAGGAGCAUUAACUACUGUUUCAAUUCUGGCUCGAGAUCGCAAACAUACGGUUUUACGAAGAGUGUUCUCAACCUACAUUUUUAAGUGAAUGGGUCAGCUUUGUUGAUCGAGGCCACAUCCACACGUAUCCGUUUUCAUUUGAAAACUCGUUAGCAUUUUCCAAAGUACGCAGCGAUGGAGGAAAAUCGGCGUUCUAGUGUGGAUGAGACACGCAAACGAAAACGCAUAAGUGUGGACGCGGCCUAAUUUACUCUCAGGUUCUAAACGCGACAGAUAGAAGCAAGUGCGCAAAUGCAGACGCGAAUGCUUGACCCGCGCACUUUCGUUUAGAGGACGACCGAUAGUGGAUAUUGCCGAAACCGAUAACUUAGGGGGUGAGAAAUGGCCGAUAACCGACGUCUCGGCCGAUAGUUUUUCAAAUUGGUUUAUAGAACGCAACAUUUUAUUCUUAAUUCUUUCUUUAUUAUUGUCAGGAUUCCCUGUCAUCUGUCCCGGACUACACUUCCCAUAAUUCCCUGCCCUCAUCACUGCCAUCACCUGUGUGUCAUUACCCUUUGUGUAUUUAAGCCCUGUUGUUUGUUCAGUCAUUGUGAGUUGUCAAAUGUAAAUGUAAUGUAUGUCCUUGAUUGUGUCCGUGGAUGUUUCUCUUGUUUAUAUUUUGGUUUUCCCCUCGUGGAUGUUUUAUUUGUUCCCUGUGUUGUUUUGUUAUUUUGAGUUAUCCUGUUCACCUUUUGUUCUUCCAUUAAAAAAACUACUUGUAGAUCCUCACUCCUCGUCUGGUUCGUUACAGAAAAACCAAAAUAUAAACAAGAGAAACAUCCACAGACACAAUCAAGGGCAUACAUUAC